UCACCGAAGAUAAAUGCCUGUUUAGUUGUUAAUGUUUGCUGAAAACCAAUAACUUUGCCCAGUACGAUAGUAGUAUUAUGAUGAGAUUUAAAUGAAAAAAAGAACAAAGCUGAUGAUUUUCCCUUCUUGAACACAAUCAGAAUGACAGAGAAUUCAUAUGCCAGGAGUAUUAACCUUCCAAAUGAACAGAUCUUUAGAAACCUGAACAAUGCUAGAAGUCUGGCAGUAGAUAUUGGAGGUUCCCUGGCAAAGUUAGCUUACUGCUCCAGAAUCCACAGGCGAAUGUCACAAGUUCUGGAUAGAAAUGAAACUUUAGAUGGCAGUCCUGGUCAGCAUAUUUAUGAAGUGUGUGAAGAGGAUGAGUAUAUUGAUAGACUCCAUUUUGUGAAGUUUGAGACAAAAUUUAUUGAGUCCUGUCUGGAUUUUAUCCAAGAGAAGCUUGGAGACUCCCUCAAACAGAACAAAACUAUUCAUGUCACAGGAGGUGGUGCUCACAAAUACAGGGACCUCUUGGCCUCUAAGCUAGGAGUGGUGAUAGAGAAGGAGGAUGAAAUGUCCUGUUUGAUAGAAGGCUGUAAUUUCUUGCUAAAGAAUAUCCCCGAUGAGGCCUUCCUAUACCAAAGACAUGCUGAGUCAAUGUACAAGUUUCAGGGAGUUAGCAGAGAUAUAUUUCCAUAUCUUUUAGUGAAUAUAGGGUCAGGAGUUAGUCUAAUCAAAGUGGAAUCAGAAGAUACAUACCAGAGAAUUGGGGGAACCUCCACUGGUGGAGGUACAUUCUGGGGCCUGGGCUCACUUCUUACCAAAGCCAAGACAUUUGAUGAACUUCUGGAGCUGGCUGAACAAGGUGACCACAGGGAAGUGGACAUGCUGGUUAAGGACAUUUAUGGGGGUGCUUAUUCCUCUAUAGGUCUGACUGGGGACAUUAUAGCCAGCAGUUUUGGAAAGGCAGCUAGGUCACCCAAAAAGUCAGUGGACACAGAGACCCAUUUUAAGGAGGCAGACAUAGCUCGGAGUCUUCUUCUAUCCAUCAGUAAUGAUGUAGGACAGAUAGCCUACCUCCAGGCUAAACUACACGGUCUCAACAAAAUCUACUUUGGCGGCUACUUCAUAAGGGGUCAUCCACUGACCAUGCAUACAAUCUCCUAUGCCAUUAACUAUUGGUCAAAGGGUGAAAUACAAGCCUUGUUUCUUCGACAUGAAGGAUACUUGGGUGCCAUUGGGGCAUUUCUCAAAGGAGCAAAAGAAGAAGACACUAGAGGCUUCACGUGGGGGGAAAAUUUAGCAGGGAGUUCUGGACUUGGCAGCUACCAUAAAAAUCAUCCGUGGAGAGACAAAAGAAACAGAAGUUCAACAUUUGAGAUGCUAGAAUUAAAUCAGUUGGACCGUGCUCUCUUACCCUGUCCUCUGUUGCUGGAUCAACAGAGUUAUCUCCCCGACACUGUGGAAUUGACAGAAGAUGGCGCUGCAAGAGAAUAUUGGCUUGAAUGUUUUAUGAAAGGUGUUGAUAAGACAAAAGAACAAGCCAUCAAAAGUCAGCAUAACCUUCCAGAUGCCAAAGAAAGAGCUGAAAAAUUUAAAAGCAAAUAUGUUGAGAGACUGACCGAUCUAAAGGAAAAUCCUUGUGCCUAUGGUUCCCUCACUGUUAGAAGCCUCCUUGACACUAGCAGUCACUACCUCCAAGAAUUCAUGUUCAAUGAUCCUUAUCUGCAGUUGAAACAAAUGGAAAAUGAGCAGUGUUUGAGAAGUUUGGCCCAGUAUUUGCAGGAGCUUGACAGGAUGGACUUUGAUGAGAGACAAUUAGCUUUAGCAAAGGGAGUCCUAGCUGGCAAUGUCUUUGACUGGGGAGCAAGGGAGGUCACUCAGAUAAUGGAACAUCAGAACUUUGGUUUCAAAGAAGCUACCAAUAAACUUCAAGAGCGCCCUUGGUUGUUUGAUGAUUUUGAUUCUUGGCUGGAUCGAGUAAAAGGAAAACCCCACAAAUGUGCAGCCAUUUUUGUUGAUAAUAGUGGAGCAGAUAUAAUUCUCGGGAUUUUCCCAUUUGUUAGAGACUUACUCUCUAGAGGAACUAAAGUGAUACUCUGUGCUAAUAGUCGACCUGCCUUAAAUGAUGUCAUAUACAAUGAACUUUCUGUACUCAUCAAACAUGUAGCAGAGAUUGAUGAACAAAUUGAUAAAAGUCUCUCAGAAAAUCAGUUGAUGGUGAUGGAAACAGGACAAGGCUCACCAUGUUUAGAUUUGAGGUUAAUUGACUGUCAGUUGGUGGACCUAAUGAAUAAAGAGGACACAGAUUUAAUUAUCAUUGAAGGCAUGGGACGAGCAAUCCACACAAACUUUGAUGCAUGCUUUUCUUGUGAAGCCUUGAAGAUUGCUGUGAUAAAAAAUCGAUGGCUUGCAAAUAGACUCGGUGGUGAUAUGUUUUCUGUGAUGUUUAAGUAUGAAACAUCAAGAAAAGUUUAUGCAGGAACUUCCUGAUAAUUUCUGAAGUUAAAUUAGUCAAUAUUUUGAAAAUUUAUUUCAAUAUUUUUUUCCUGGCACAUUCAUAUGGUUUGAUAAUUGAAUCUUGAAUUUGCAAUAAUUAGCCUUUGAUAGGAAUCAAGUAUUGAGAUUCAGCCUCAUGCUGUAAUUUAUCUUCACUGAGAACAAAUUUUAAUGUGAUUCCUUUAUUGUCCUGUACAAAUUAUAUAUAUGUUUAUAUAAGCAUCUACAGCCUAGCUUUCUUCACCUUUAGGGAGCUAACAUACAAUGUUGUGAAAUAGUACAACUGCAUGCAAGUGUAUUGAAAAACUGAGAAUGUGGAGAGAGGUUGUUUCAUUUAGUCAUUAUUAAGAUUUACAAGAUAUCAAAUUCGCAUGACAUGAGUGCUGAUUUCAAAUGUAUUUAUUUUCACACUUUAAGGUUUUGUAAACAUGUAAUACCAUCAUACUUAAAUGUGUCAGUUUUUGAUAAUAUAUUGUAUGUAGUGAUUUCCUAUCCCUGCUCUAGGGGGCACAAAGAAUUAAAAUUUUUGUUGGAUUUUUUAUGAAAUAGUUUAAAUUCAGAUUAAAGUAUAGUACAGUAUAGUACUGUGCAGGUGUCUACAUAAGGUUUGUGUUAAUACACAUUGUAACAUAGUGAACACUGGAGCAAGUCAAAAACCACAAAAUGAUAUUUAUAACAUUCAUUAUUGUUAGUACUAAUUUAUUUUAUAAAAAAUGGAAUAUUUAAUGAGAUGAGUUAUUUAAGAUAUUUUAUGUUAAAAGAAAUGUUUGAUGAAUUAUUUCCCUUAACUUGAUUUAUAAGGUCAGAAAAGUAUUGUAAUUAUGUACAAUGGAGCACUUGGUGUUUUAUAAAUAGAUGCCAUAUUUAUCCAUAGAGUUAUGGCUGAUAAUUACAUUUUAAACAAUGAAUUGUAUUUUUUUUUUAAUUAUAUGUACUGUUCAGAUUUGAUUGAAAAGCCACUAAUAUGCAAUAAAAUAAUUACCUAGGUACAUAGUACAUACGUAUGACAAGUUACAUGUACAUAUGUACGUCAUGUAAAUCAGAUCUUAUAUACAUAAAGAUCUUCAUGAAUUUACCAGUUAUGUAAAAAUGUAUUAUUAGUAAUUUAUUCUUAAAACAUUUAAUGCGACUGAGAUCAUAGAUUUUAUAACUUGUAUAAAUAAAUGUGAUUAAUUUUAAACUCAUCAAUUCUUUAAUGCUAGCUACAGAGUUUGUUCCAAUGUAAUUUAACAUCCACGUUUACCUUGCUACAUCACAAUUUUUUAAGCUUUGCUUAAAAAUAAUCCACAUGGAUUAAAGAUAUUUUAUGGUUAUUAUAAGUUGCAUUUUUCUUUAUAAUUUAGUUGUAUUAAUUUUUCUUUUGAGACUGGAUUUUUAUCAACUUGUACUCAAACAACUGGUAAUUUUAUACGACAUAUCUAGAGAAUGCUCAAGUUUCUGUGAUACAUAAAAUAUUGAGGUAUGUGUUCAUUAUUUCUUGUCUUGUCUCCAGUACAAAAGUAAAUUAUUACAAAUCUA